AUGUCUGCUCCUUCUCCUUACACUGAGCAGUCCGGCGGUCUUACAGAGCGUCGUGAGCCUGCGUCUCGUCCUGUCUUGCCUGUUCGCACUGCUCGUCAUGUUCCUCGUUCGCGUCCUCCUCCUGUCCCUGGCACGCACGCCAUGACCCUUCGUUCUUCCUCUGUUCCCCUGCGUGUUCCUCUGCUUGCUCCUCCUGUAUCCUCUCUUCCUGAGGUCCCUGACCCUGAGUCUGACCGUGCUCGUGCUGCCAGUCCCAUUGUCUCUCAUCUCCUCGCCACUGCUGUCACUGACCCUUCGUUUGAGUCUGCUGGUGCGUCUGCUCUCGAUGCUGAGCUGCUUGACUUUGCUGCUGCCUGCCGUCUAGACUACACCACUGUUCUCGUUGUUGAGUCUGCGUCUACCAGUCCUCCGUCCAUCGGGGGUGAGUGUGCUCUUGGCACAGACAUCGUUGAGGACAGGCAGGAGGACUUUGAGUGUCUUGCAGCUGCUGUACCUCGUUUCGCUUCCAUGCUGCUUGCCCCUGAGGGAGACCCGGAUGCUCCAGACAUCCCGACCCCGCGCUCUUACGCAGAGGCGAUUAUGGGUCCUUACUCCUCUCACACAGCCUUCCUGCAGGGCAGCCUGCUCGAGGAGAUCUGGCUGCGCCGACCACCUGGUUUCCUUGGGACGUUUCCUGCAGGUACUUAG